AUGAAUAAUGAAUUUAAAAAUUUGGAUAAGCUUAGAAAAUGCAAGGCUAGAGAAAAUGAAACACCUGAUCAAAGAGAAGUGUGUCUCGCCCAAGAACGUGAACAAAAACACCAAAAAGAGCUACUAAAUCAGCAGGAAAAGCAUGAUUGUAUUACAAUGCAACAAAGACCCGAACAAAUAGAAA